CUUAUCAAAACAGAGAUGGCGGACAGACCGACUGUUUACUGCGGUAGAUACUGUUUUUAUAAAACAAUUCUAUGGACUUCAUCGCUCUUGUUUUUAUGCUUCGAUUCGAAUGGCGCUGCCGAGUCCUUCACUCGAAACGUGACUGCGCAGUUGAACCCAGGUAGCCAUGGGACGACAAGGGGCGACCUGCUGCACAUCAGGGCUGUGGGUGGCAACGACACGCUACACUUCCUCUUUUGCAGCCAGGGGGCCCCCACUUUGCUACUAGUUCACACCAACACCAGUACCUCUACUGUCUCUGUAAAUUGGACACAGUUUGAGAGUCUCAAUGCGAGUGGCAGCUUCAAGGUGGAGCCAGAAAACAGUGUCCUGUACAGCUGUGGCCUGGUUUUCAGCAGGCUGCUGGAGUAUGACGAUGUCAACAACACGGCUCAGGUCACCCCUGACCUGUUCCCUCCGUAUGAUUUGAGUAACGUUAGCUGGUCCCGAAUAAGCCUGUCAGACAUGACAGCGCUUCUUUGUGGUGAAAUCAACAACGGUUCACUCUGUGUCCAGCUGUCCUACUUUCAGACUGAGGGGCGUGGCCAAAACUGGCCCCGCCUUCUGCACACUGCUAACACGUCGCAGUUGGCCAUGUGGCUUGAUGGCGUGUUACCUCGGGCGCCGCGCUCCAGGUUUCUAUUGGAGCUGCAGGCUGUGGGUGGUCAGCAGCCUCUGAGUCAAGUGGAGGUGGAACGUUCCAUCGAUGAUGAGUUCACACCCUCCAUAUUCAAGGUGGCUCAGUGGGUGUCAAAGGAGGACAAGGAUGUCCUGGGCUUCGUGCAGUGGAAACCAGUGGCGUACCGUCACACCUCACCAGCUCUGGAGGACGCCACUCCGUGUCGUCACUCAGACCCAGAACGUCAGAGUGCUGAGGCGGCAGAAUCUUCAUCCAGUCUCAUUCAAGCCUUCUACACAGAAAAUGAAGCAACAUAUGGACUAAACGUGAGCUUCGGUCUGGCCGGGGAUCCGUUCUACAACAGCACCUUGUACUUAAGCUGGACAAUGCUGGUCGGUGUGGGCCCACCACCCAGUGAUGGUCUCUCUCCACUGGUUCUGGCUAUUGUAGCGGUUGGCCUUGGGGCACCUUUAGUUCUUCUGCUUGUUGGCGGAAUCUCAGUUUGUCUGCGAAAGAAGGUGACUUCUUCGUCUACUCUUUACGAACCAAUUAAUUAAAGGCUGGAUUGUUUUUCAGAUAUCGAUCAAAGACUCUGUCCGGUGACCUCACCUGACCCCCCGCCCCAUUCUUGCUGGAUGUUUUUAGUCUGAGAGGGGGUGAAAUGUUUUUAAAAUUAAAGAUGUUUUACACAUGUUCCCCGCUCUC